AUGCUGAAGGCCCCGCUGCGGCAGCCGUGCCUGCAGCCUCAGGCUGGCUGCGCUGCACCCGCCGAGGCCAUUCGCAGCCCUCGCGCCUACGGGGCCACUGAGCUGGACGUGGGAGAAGGACGUGGUCGCUUACAGGAAGGAGGGAAGAUGGGAGAGCGCAGGUGCCAGCAGCGCAGGGAGUUUGUCCCUUUCCAGCCAACAGAGCGGGAAGAGAAGCUGGAGCUGGAGGGUGGACAGGCGGGUGAGCGCUUGCAGCAGGAGUCAGGCGCGCUCACCAGAGAUGCGUCGUGCCUUGGGCUCGGCGGUGCCCACGCGGCAUCCACGGCGGAGCCCGCGCCCCUGAGCACCUGCCCGGGCUUGGAGCAGCCCCCUGCUGCAGCCAGCCCCACCACGGACCCGAGCCAGGAGUGGAAAGUGGUGAAGAUCAAGCGAGUCCUGGUGUCUCCCGUCAGCCAGCCCAGGAACGUGGGUCUCUCCCGGAGCGCCAGCCUCUCCGAGAAGGAGCUGCGGGAGGCGAAGGCGCGGAGCCGCCGGAUCGCGGCCCAGCUCACCACGGCGCCCGGCGCCAGCUCCAAGGGCGCGCUGCUCUUCCACCGGCGCAGGCAGCGCCUYGACGAGCUCUCCUGGGGCGCCGCGGCCGGCGGGGGUCAUGGUGCCACUCCGCCCCUGAGCGCAGCGCCCGCCGCAGCACCCCCCGAAGGCAGCAUGGAGGGAGACGGCAGCCCCGCCAUGGAGCGCGACGGGCYGCCCGCCCGCGAGGAGCCGCCCGCGGAGCUGCAGCAGGUGCCGCUCAGCGUCUACCUGAAGGAGAACAUGGCAUCAGCCAACGGGCUGCACGAGCCGGGCCCGCGAGAGACGCAGAGSGAGGGCGUGGGGCCCGCGGAGACGCCGCUCGCUGGCCCCAAGCAGAGCGACCCCGCCGCCAGCGACACCACCACAGCCCCCGCGCCUGAGGACAAGAAGGCGAACGGCACGCAGGGCAGGCAGUACUACGAGGUCCACCUCACCCUGGCCAAGCCCAAGCCGGUGAAGAACAGGACGGCCAGGCCCUUUGGCAUCCAGGGGUCCGUGGUGAAAAGCCAGCCUGUGGAGCAGGCCCCUGUGGCCGAACUGCCCCCGCCACCCACGUACGCGGAGACCCUGACGAGCCCCCCGCCGCUCACCCGCGUGCGCUCACCGCCCGCCUACUCGGCGCUGUACCCCGCCGGGGAGCAGAAACCGCUCCCGGCGCCGGGCAGGAGCCGCAGCCCGGCCCCCCUGCCCAAGACAGGCAUCCUGGAGGAGUCGGUUGCGCGCAGAGCCGGCAGAAAAUCCAUGUUCACUUUUGUGGAGAAGCCAAAGCUGGGCCCCAACCCUGACCUGCUGGAUUUGGUCCAGAACUCAGACAUCAAGAAGAAGCAGAAGGAGCAGGGAGAAGCUGGUGCCGAGGAMGAGCCCUUUGCGCUGGGGGCAGAAGCUGCCAACUUCCUCGCUGGCAGUGCGGCCAGGGCCGGGCAGCACCUCCCGCCGGCUGAGGACGCUCCAGCGUGGUCCUCCUGCCUCAAGUCCCCAACCAUCCAGCCGAAGCCCCAGAUCAAGCCCAGCCACAACCUCACCGAGGCGCGAGGGAAGGGAGCCGAGCUGUUCGCCAGGAGGCAGUCAAGGAUGGAGAAGUUCAUCAUCGAGGCUCCAUCUCAGCCUGACCUUCUGCGGUCCCCAUCACCCACCAUGUCUCUGCCUCCCUCCUGGAAGUAUGACACCAACGUUUGCGCGUCACCUAUGAUCUCCAGGCAUGCCUUCAAGAGUCCCUCCAGGCCCUUCAAAACCCCUCCGGCAUCUCUGUAUGGUGGGGGCCUGGUAGAGAACGAGGUCUCYCAGAAGGAGCUGGAGAUCUCCAAGCACCAGCCCUACCAGCUCCAGUCUUCACUCUUCAUCCUCUCCCCAUCCAAAGGGCCCCUGAGGUCCAUACCCCGCGAGACGCCUCCACCCAGGCCCGCGCUUCCCGACGCCUACCUGGACCCGCAGCAGACCUCCUGCCCCACCUCUCCCUUACCUCCGUCCCCUGUUUGGCAUCGCCCUGUGGGGCUUGGGGCCAGCGGGCCUUCCUCCAGCCCCUUCCCCACCGCCGCCGGGGCUGUGACCCCGACCCACGAGAGCCAGCCGGGCGCCAGGGUGCAGACGGACGUGCUCCUCGCCUCCCCGUGCCGCCUGCUCUCACCCAGGCCCAAGGGAGGCUUCCAGGCGCCCAGACCAUCCUACUCCACCAGGAACGCGGGGAUCGAGCCGCAGGAAAGGCGGUCGUCCCUGCCCGCCUCCCCCACGUGGACGCCGCAGCYGGCGCGGCGCCAGGGCAGCACCGACGGCUGGGCCAGCCCGGCCUCGGUGCCCGAGCUCGAUGAGGGGCCCCCCGCGUCCCCGCCGUGGAGCGAGCGCUCCCCGUCCCCGCUGCGGCACGACGCYGACGCCAGGGCCAGCCGCCAGAUGCAAGCCCGGCUCGCCAGGAACAUCAUCAACGCGGCGCGCAGGAAGAGCUCCUCUCCCAAAGCCGGGGGGACAGAGGGCUGCCCGCCUGUGGCCCCGCCGCCUGGCGCAGGCACCCCCAGCCUGCCGCGCUCCCCGCGGGCUGCCCCCGGCAGCCUCUCCCCUGCCUGCAAAGGCCCCCUGCAAUCGCCGCGGGCCARCGGCCCUGUGGCCGCCCGGGCCGGCUGGGCCGAUGGGUGCCGGCCGCCUCCCCGGGCGCUGCCGCCUGGUGCYUCCUCCUGCCCUGGCCCCCGGACGCUGGGCGGCUGCUCGCCGGCCUCCAAGAGCCCCCUGGCCUCGCCACGGGCGGGCGUGCGCUCCCCCGCCAAGCGCUACACCUCCCGCUCCCCGACGGACUCGGACGUCUCCCUCGACUCCGAAGACUCGGGCGCCAAGAGCCCCGGGAUCCACAGCUUCAACAUCUGCCCACGCGGCUGGAACGGGAGCCUGCGGCUGAAGCAGGGCGGGCUCGYGCCGGGGGCGCCCUGCACCUCCUAG